GUCAGUCCCCAGAGCGAGGGCUGGGCAGGGCCGCGCGUGUCACAGGGCGCUUCCUGUUGUGGAAGGCGAAGGCACGGAGGGAGCCGCGGGAGGAAGGAGGGCUUCGCCAUGGGACCCUGCUCCAGACUGGCGCUCCUGCUGCUCCUUCUCCCGGCUCUGGAAAAUGCUGCCUGGGGAGCGCCCACCUCCGCGCCAGCUCAGCCAGGAAGCUGUGGCCAGUACACAAAUACGAGUUGUGAGGCAUGCCUGAAAAAUGUUACAUGUUUAUGGUGCACCAGCAACAAGAAAUGCAUAGAAUAUCCUGUUAGGAGUAUCCUUCCUCCCAGUUCUGUCUGCGCACUGAGUUCUGCACGCUGGGGGGUCUGUGGUGUGAAUUUUGAAGCUCUGAUUAUUACAAUGUCUGUGGUGGGAGGAGGCAUCAUUGUCGCUCUGUGUGUUUGCUGUUGCUGCUGCUGCAGGAAGAAAAAGAGCAAAAAACCUGAUAGGGAAGAUGAAAAGGCUGCCAGGGAGAAGGAGCAAAGAAGAGUAAGGCAGGAGGAGAGGAGAGCAGAGAUGAAAUCUAGACAUGAUGAAAUCCGGAAGAAAUAUGGUCUUUUUAAAGAAGAGAACCCAUAUGCCAAAUUUGAAAACAACUAAAAUGCCAAAGCCAACCCUGGCAACGCUGUAUACACUACAGCUGCUAAAGAUCUGUAUAUAUCUCUCGAUGCCUUAAUUGCAAAUGGAAGAAAUUGUACUUGCACAAGACAAAGCCAGCUGUAAUUCCAGUGAACUGUUAACAAGUGGAUCAAGCCAAACAUACCUCUGAAAUUCCACUAGUCUAGCAAACUAUAAAUAUUAUGUUUCUGUUCUCUACCUGCUUUGCAGGUCCUUUGCUGAUACAAUAUCUUGUUUGUAUCUUGAACAAACUCUUCAUGGAGGGGCAGUGUGUUGUGUCGUGUUUCUCUGAUUGUAAAAUAAAGUUGUUUUUAAUGUCAGGAUAGGAAAGUCACACAAGCCUUAAUUCUGCCGCUAUUAAAAUGCCUGAACACUUCUGAAAACAGGUUUUCUGCAGCAGUUUUUUAAAAAUCCUGGGCUUAUGAGGUUUGCACUUUUAUAUAGAUACUUUUUAUCUUUAAAUUCUGUGCCAAAUAUUGCUCCUUUCUCCUUUUGUGCCUUUUAAUUAUGUCUCAGAAAUUAUAAAAAGGCAUUUAAAGACUGAUUGUAUGGAUUUUUAUGCCUGGAUGUAUUGAAUGGUUAUUUGAAUUAGAAUUUUAAAAGGCUCUGCUAUACUUAAGUGAAUUGAUGGCCCAAUCAGACUACUCUUGUCCUAACAAAAGUACUGUUCGUAAUAUUAUGUUGCCAAAUUCCUGUUGUAUCUGAAGCUAUUUGUAAUCUCAGAAAGAAUGUCUAUAACAGCCAAAUAAUCAGAAAGAUGAGAAGACUUCUUUUUUAGAAGAAACUGCAGUAAACCUUGGGGUUAACUUCUUUUACUUGAGUAGAGUUCUGGUUCUUUAUACAGUCUUGUGACUUGAUGUAGUAACUGUUUUUUUCAGGUUCUUCUAUGUUUGAAACCUAUGUACUGGUAUAUCAUUCUGACUAUGCAGACUGUACCAUCAGGAAAAUAAUGUCUCAUGUUACAAUGCCAGGAGGGAGGGAGAGUAGACUGAAAGAGCCACGGUGAAAAAUGAUGGAUUGGGGGGGGGGGGGGGGGACUGUUUUGAUAGGAAUAUUGAAUGUGUAUUUUCCAGGGGAAGUCUUGAAUAUGCCAAUUGCUCUGAAAGUGGGGGAAAAGGCAUGAAAGUCUUCAGGCACAUGAGUUGUUGGUGAGAUAGUAUGGCAUAAUGGACACAACUGUCAAUGACAUUUAUGCUGUUAUGACCCCACGUCUUGCACAAACUUUGCAAUUUAAAAAUGCUGUUUCCAUGGCCAGCAUUUUCAGAAGGAAAAAUUCUGAAGGGUAGUCAUCACUUUCUGAUGUAUUAAAUUGAACAUUCCAUUGUGGUCUUAAAGCUAGUAUAGGUGUCAACAGCAGCACACACAUGUAUAUAAUUUUUUUUUGUUUACUUAAUUGCAUAAAUGAGUGUGACCUCUGCGGAGCUUUCUAGAAUCCUGCCAAAACAUACGUGAUUCAGAAGUGAUGAAAAGUUUUCAUAUGCUUCUCUGUUGCCGUGUUAAUAAAUAUCCUUAAGUAUA